AUGCUCUUUAAUCCACAACUUUACUGGGGCAGGGAUGGAAAGUCGGGCAAAAAGAGACAACUUGCUCUUUCUUCCUCAAAUUGGCCCCUCUGUGCUGCUAAUUCGAAGUUGCACUUAAUCUCCAUCGCCGGUAAACCCAUCUCCACUCCGGCCUGCUUGGCUAUUUUGCUCCCCUUUUCACACGUUUCGGCCUGCACAACCUCCACAUUACCUGCGCUUCGAUGCAGUAGGCCCCACACAGAUCGAGAAUUGUUGGCCAGGUAG